CCCCACCAACGCCCACUCCCCACUCCCCGCCGACCCCUGCGGCCCGCCAUGGCGGCGAUCCCCCAGCGUGAACGGGUCUUUGCCUUCCGCGACUUUGUGGUCAAGACCUGGGACCUCCACGACGCACACUGGACGGGGAGAACGGUGCUGGAUGUGGCCGGAGGUGGGGAGUGCCAUGCCGCAGCGACGUGUUCGUCCUCGGGCGGGAUCCCAAAGCGCGACGAAAAGAAGCGUCCGGAAGUGGGAGACCACGUCGGGUGCAUCGCCCUGGGAAUUCUUUCGGCUGAUCCGGUGCCGAGGCAAGGGGGACCUGUCGUGGCUGCUGGCGAAUGCCGAUGCCUUGGACUCGGUGGUCGUGGAUCCCCGCUGCACGGAUCACACGAAGAUCACCCGGACAGCCAAGUGGCACUUUGAGACGCGUCAUGAAGAUGAAAGGUCUUUGACUGAAGAUCGUGGACCCCAAGGGCCCCUUCGACACUUGGCGCUGCAGCCGCCCUGGCGACCUCCACGACACCUACGGGUCUACAUGGACCAGGAGCUGCUGGAGCAUCGUCGUAAGCCCUUUGUGGAGUGGAAGUUUUUCUGGGAGGAGGCGUCGAAGAGAGCCGAGCAGACGGAGCGCUGCGGGCAUCACCAAUCACUGGAGUUGGAGAACAGUCAAGGAGCCCCUCGUGCUGUGCGCAUUGAGGAGGCUGCAGAGGCCCUUGAGGCGAUUCACUCCUGUAGCCUCAUCUUGGGCUUCCACCCCGACCAGGCCACCGAAGCCUGCAUCGACCUGGCGUUAGAGCUCCAAAGACCCUUUGCGGUUUGCCCCUGCUGUGUUUUUCCGAAAGACUUUCCCGAGCGCAAGCUGUAUGGCCGUACGGUGAAGACCUACCCCGACUUCAUCGAGUACCUACGGCAGAAGCAUCCGUCCAUGCGCUUUAAAGACUUGUGCUUUGAGGAGGGGGGCUACUCAAGGAGCAUUGUCCUCUACAUGCUGCAGGAGGACUUUGACGGCGAGGAAGUGAAAAAGAUGCGUCGGGAUACGACGGGUGGAUGGUUCGAGGCAGUUCUCCGCCACAUGGUUCCCAAGUUGACUGAAACUUAUGAGGGAAUUACAGUGGAAAAGGCAGAAGAAUACCAGCAGCUCGAAACAGCUCCCGAGCGGCUGCAGGACGACAAGACCAGCGACUGCGGCGAACAGUUGAAGACGCUUUUUGAGACGAACGUGGAUCAAUGCUGGGAGAUGUGCCAGCGCAAGGCGGGGACCUUGAAGACGUUCAAUGCCGGCUGCCGGGCAGGGAACUACAUCCCAAAAACUUGA